AUGCACAAGAUUUCGAUUUAUUCAGGCCUAAGCAAUCCAGGGAACACAUCUAAUCAAGUUGGAUCGAAUGUCACCGUUGUCGACGUUGACAGAAUACCAGGACCUAACACUGUCGGCAUAUCUGCGGCUCGGAUCGACUACGUGCCUUCAGCCCUAACCCACCUAUCAGCCCAGAUGUUGUGGCCAAGGCCUUCUAGUUCUAUAAAGAUGCGGUUAAAUAUCUUCAGUCUCGGCUUUGGUCGGGUUAACAAGUACAUUAAGAGCUAUGAGGGAUGGAGAGACCAAGGUCUUCAGCCUGAGGAGAUCAGUGCUACGGCUCUACCUAAGAUGAAGGAAACGGCUGAAGCUUUCCUUGGGAAGAAAAUCAAGGAUGCAGUUGUUACUGUUCCUGCAUACUUCAAUGAUGCCCAAAGCAGGACACCAAGGAUGCAGGCAUUAUUGCUGGGCUCAAUGUGGCUAGGAUUAUCAAUGAACGAACUGCAGCAACAGUUGCCUAUGGAUUGGACAAAAAGGAGGUGA